UUGGGCAAACACGUUCUUGUUUUAUUGUAUAUUAAGCCAGUUAUAGCUUACAUGAUUAAAAGGCUAAUUUAUCAUUUUUCAGCCAAAGGAGUUAAACACGUUGUAGAGGGUAUUAGAGAUGUACAAAAAAGAGUGCGUAAAGGAGAGAAAGGGUUAGUAAUAAUGUCUGGUGAUGUUAGCCCUAUAGAUGUUUACAGUCAUAUCCCAGUUACACUGGAGGAAGCUGGAAUUCCAUACUGUUAUGUCCCAUCAAAAGAGGAUAUUGGGGCAGCUUUAGGAAAGUUUUGUUGCAUUAUUGUUCUUGUGAAGAAACAUGAGGAUUAUGAAGAUCUUUACAAUGAGGUUUUCUCAACAGUCAAGGAAAUGCCAUUACCUUUGUAGACAUUUCUUAAUGACCUAUCUAGAGAGUGUUAUAAAAGAUUGAAGAAUACACAGGGAUACAAUUGUGCUCCACACAAACAAUGACUAUUUUUACAAAGGCCCAAAAAAAUGGCAUAUUUGUGAAGUUGUUUAGAAAAUUAUGUCAAUUAAUUCAUCUGUUUUGACAAUGAAGCAUACUUUCAAGGUG